UGGGCUGAAAGCCACACGGGCCGCGCCGCAAACUACCCUCGCGAACGAUCCAGAGCCCCGGGAGACGUUCUAAAGAUAGAAAACAGGAACCGUGCCAGUGGAUCGUUGUCCGAAAAUCCUGGUUACGGUCCACGGGAACCGUUUGUCACGCGGAUGAACGCCCUCCGCGACGGGAAUUGUGCGCACACGCGAGGGACUAACGUUAAAACACGCGGAAGAGCGACGUCGAGCAUCGGAUGAGGAUAUGUACGCGCCAACGGUGUCCUCGACUCGCAUCCUUGGCCCGAGAUGAGGAAAAGGGAACACGGUGCACCAGCAGCUUUUCGCUAACGAGUAACAGAGGGCCGCGAGGCCAGCCAAAGCGUGGACGAAGUUUGUAAAUCGUGCGAAUCGAUUCGGCCGACUCGAUUCGAAUACGCGACGCGAGCCGUGAGAAGUCGCGUUUUAUGUAUCAGCGGAGAACUUCAACGGAACUUCGUCAUCGGCGGAGCGUGAAGAACUUCAAAAGGGUUCGCUAACGAUGGAAUCAGCGAGGUCCCCAAAGUGAAUCGUUUCUUUGGAGGACGCGGAUGAGCAUGGAUAUCAGUGAAAUUCGAACCCAUCAGCGAGACCAAACGUUGUCGAACGACCUAUGAUGAGGAACUGUUGAGGGUGCUCGGAGCUUAAAGGACGAGUGAACGCGAAUCUCACGUGUAAACCUGGACACUCGACAACCACAGACGCGCGCGGAACAACCGAACGUCCCGUAUCCCCGAAACGAUCGUAGAAUGGUAAUCGCGAACGCCAUUGAUCGGUGAUGAACGUUUAGAGACUCCGUUGUCGAUGGUGUUAUCUCUGGCAGGCUCGCGACGAGGAAGGAAAUAUUUGAAAAAAACGUUGAGUGAAACGGGUUUAAACGGCAGUGAUUCCGUGAGUUCGUCGAGAAGCAGAGCCCUCCCUUUCUGGAGGCCGCUUAAUUAAAAGUGUUCGGCCGUUUUUCGAUCCGAUUGGUUCCUGUUAGGUGUCGUUGAUGCGCGUCAAAGAUUAACGAGGCUCGAUUGGGGAGCCCAGGCUCGGGUUUGGUCCGGAAAGCAUAGUAAUUGUUCGAUUCCACGAGGAAUCGUUGCGAGUGUGUUAGUGCUUCUUUAUUUCCACGGAGGGAAGAAACCGAUUGCCUCCGAACAUGGGCUGCGAACUUGGCAAAUUGGCGACUGUGAAGACGCCACCGCAAACUGCCACGGAUCCACGACUUCCGCUCACGGCGAAACAGAAAUUUACGGUUAUGGCCAGCUGGAAAGCCGUGUCCAGAGCGCUGGAGCCAACCGGCGUCUACAUGUUCAUAAGGUUGUUCGAGGAAAAUGCGGAAUUGUUAAAUAUGUUCGAGCAAUUUCGCGAACUCAAGACGAAAGAGCAACAAUCUAAUAGCAUGGAGCUGGCACAACACGCGGAAAAAGUUAUGUCUGCCCUCAACGAAGGUAUCAAAGGCCUCGACGACAUGGACGUCUUCUUGACCUGCCUUCAUCAAGUCGGAGCCACCCACACGAAAAUUCCUGGCUUCAAUCCGCAAUAUUUUUGGAAAAUCGAAAAGCCAUUCCUAGACGCCGUGGAGAGGACCCUGGAAGAUCGGUACUCAGAGAACGUGGAGAACAUUUACAAGCUGACGAUAAAGUUCAUCAUCGAAACUCUGAUCGAAGGCUUCAACAAGGCCCAAAACGACAAAGCACAGACCGACACUGCUAAAUCCUAGUCGUCUCGGUCGCGAAGAACCGAAGGAACCUUAAUGUCCGAAGGGGAAGUCUCCUGAUCGCUUUCUGUCCCUCGGGACUUGAUUUUCGUACGGGAAGCGAGCAAUCCCAAAAAGAGAACGAAUAGACCACUCGAUCGCACAAUCGUUCGUUUAUUCCGAAAUAUCUCCAUUUCUUCAGAUCUGUUGUAAUCUGCGUGAUCGAACGUUCAAGCAGAAUCGAGCCAGUGGGAACCGUGUAAACGCAUUAACGUCGAAUAACGUUCUUUUUUACGGAAGCACAAGUGGUGCUUUGCGGAUGGUUAGAUUUCAAAUUAUUUUCCAUCGAGCGGGUCUCGGUUAUGGGAAAUAAUGUACGUGGGAAAAAUAACUAUGAUUAUCGUAUUGCACACUUGGUCGUUUCGUCCCGCAAAACAAAUGACGAAACGAAUCGUGGAUUCUAUUGACGGUCAAAGAAGAAUAAAUAACGCGGCAUCGUUUCGGAUUAAUUGACUUCCUGUUCAUCGGUCGGCUUCUUUGUACGAUUCAACUUAAUUUCGCUUGUUUGUAUUUGUCGAUAAACGAUGGGAUCGUUGAGAUGAAAUUUGAACGACGUAAAUAUGGUACACAAAAGAAAUUGGGUGACCAGAUACGAAGCAGGACUCAACGUUUUCUCAUUGAUUCGUUAAUCUUUGAAUUCGUGUUCCCGACACGUGACACUCGGAAUUAAAUUCCACGAGAUUCGAUACCAUAGUCGUCGAUACUUACCAAACAUUCAGCGUUUUCUAACAUGUAUAGUAAGAAAUCAGAAAUUUUAGAGAAAAAGGAGUUUCCGAAACGUCAUUAUGUAGAAUAAAAUACUUUGGCACGCGAAAGUAUCACGAGAAGGCGAUGAGAAUUUUAUGAAUUAAUUAACGUAAUUAUGAAUCAACGUAUGCUGUUCGUAAUUCUAAAGAGCAUGUUUUCAGCUUCGAAGUGACUAUAAACGCAAGUUAUUCUCUCGACGUGCCGCGUAAAUAUCAAAGGCGAGAUGGGGAUGCGUCGGUCACAUUCGUUGAAUUUUCCAUUUUACCGUGCAACAUUUUAUCAGGAGUGCAAAUACACACGCGCGGGGAGUUCGAAAUAAAAAGUAUCAGCGGCCGUGGUAUCGAAUCUCGGUCGAUUUAACGUGGAAUGAGUCGAACACGCGGUUAAUUCGAAUACAUUUUAAGCGAAUUCGCGUGCACUUCUGGCUUUCAGCAUGCGCUCGAUAAUUGGUAUCAGAAUUACCUCGAACCAAUCGAAGUUGACUGGUGUUUUUAUUCAUGAGAGCCUUGGGUUACGUAAGUCGCGUAUGUAGCACAGCUUUCUAUAGUUCACGAUAAAAUAUGUUCCCUGCCCAUUGCUCUGAGAAUCUCGUAGUGGGAAACAGAAUUUAAAAGAAUUUAGAAUCAUUGUUGGAAAGCUUCAUCGAAAUUCGAAGUAAAGUCGUUGAAUUAAAAAUGCUGUUUAUAGUUCGUUACGAUUCAUUUUCUUUUAUCCGAGAUUCAGGAACGAAAUUAAACAAGUUACGAAAUUUUUCACUCGCCACACACGCACACGGGGUAGCGAAGAUUAAAGAGGGUUAGGCGUUUCCUCUGCGACGUUCGGGGACUACCUAUACGUUUUUCUAUAUGACAAUUACGACUAGAGUUUCACUGUAUCUGCCAUGUCCAUGCAUCUGCCGUUAAUUCGUGUGUCACGAAGCGUUUCAAAGUCACCUCGUUACAAGGGAGCAAUAUUGGAAAGUGUCAGAACGGCUAACAAAGAAAUCGAUAACCUGUAUUCUCACAAAGUACAGAAUCCAUUAGGCAGCUUAUAAGCGUGACAAAAUGCAAUGGCACGUGUGCGAAAAAGAUUAUUAAUAAGUAUUACAUUGAUUUCUCGGCGACUGUGAUGUUCAUUUGAACUUCUCCCUCGUGGUUUGGUUUUGUGUCCGUUCAACCGAAAAGAAAAUAUCAAUUCAACAGAUUUUGCCGCGGUGAGGAAAUACAUUACAGUCAGAAAUGGACCAAUUCGUAUUUCGGGAAUAAAGUUAGAUGCUACAGCUACGUACACGCUUUUCGGAAGCGUCCGAGAGCUUUCAUUCGAUUUGCGUUGAUUGAAAUAAAUUAAUGUACUAUAGGUGUAGUAUGUACUUGUCAUUGUUUCGACCAGGGAUUCGCGAGCUACGGGCACGUUGUAUCGCGUAAAUAAACCUGAAAAGUCCGCCUACCAUCGUGAAAAGUAUUUAUUGAUUCGAAGCCUGUACAGUCGAGAACAAUAACGCCAUAAAAGCAACGGUUUGCGAAACCCUGGUUAAGAGUAUCCAUUACUGAAAUUAAAUGUGUUAGGUUAAUACGUGUCUUAAGUGCAUCCUUCUAUAUUGUUUUGUAUAUCGAGUGCCCUUUUGCAAAAUAAUCCAAUAUUGCAACGCUAUCGCAUUCCACUAUUUGCAAUCUGCCAAACCAUCUUAUAAUGUUUGUAUUCGUAAGCUUUUAAAUCCCCGUCAAAAAUACGUAUACAAAUAUCGAAUGCCUACAGGUAUAAAAUAACUUUUAUAAUGAAAGACAUUGAGGUGAACGAACAAAUUUCAAUCAUCAAAUAAUCGUCUACGUGAAAAUAGAUUUAUUUUGAAGUCCAUGCAAACUUUACCGGUCAUUAAUAAUAGAUAACGAUUUACUAACGUAACAGUUUCAAUAAUUAUGUAAACAUGAAUGUGUGUAUGUGUGCGUGUGAGUGUGUGUAUAUGUAUAUAUAAUGCAUAAAUUUGAGCCAAAGAAGUAUUAAUAAAAAAAAGUAGGUAUACGAAGAAAGCGAAAAAAGGACGAGUUGGGAGAAGUAUUUCAAAUGAAAAUCGGUAUCGAUUAAGUUUGUAGACUUAAACGAUUAUUUCUCAUAAAUAUUAUAUUCCUCGCUUUCUGUACGCGAUUCGCAUACGCUCGAUAAAUUAUUUUUAUUUAAACGAGAUUUAUUUAUUCCGAAGUCACGAUAUCUCGACGAUUUUUUAACGUAAUAUAAAUUAAGAGUCGAUGUUUUCCUUUCCAAGCUCUAUAAAUACCAUGUCAUACAUACAUAAGCGAGCCACUUUAACGAAAAUCGCGAAGAGCGUCGUUUCUAUAUCUCAUCAAACGGACGAACCAUUGUUAACGUAGUCGCGCGAUUUUUAUAGUGUAUAAUCAAAAAGAUGUUCAGAACGUACACGAUCUUUGACCGUCAAAAGACAAUUAUAUAGAUUUUUACUCGCGAUUAAGAAAGAAAAAAAAAAAAAAGUAUGCGAACGUUUAGGGUGUAUCCCUUUGCGCAAUGUCAAUUUCCUAGGUGGUUCUCGAAACAUGGGACCCCUUUGUUUCUGUAUCUUCCUCGCCGUAUUUAUCUAUUUCUGUUUCUCUCUGAGAUCAAUUUAUUUGUAUCGCUCGUCGACGAGGUUAUCGAAUCGCUGUCCUACAAAACAAUUGCCGCCUCGUUCUUUCGAUGUUACUUCAUUUACUCAACGAGACCCGAUGGCUUCGUUGCUAAUUGCGUACAAUCAACAAUUCUUUCGCGCGUGAAGACCUAACGCAUCUUAACGAAUGGAGAACGAUCAAAUCAUCUAUUUAUUACCUAUCGGUACUCGGUCACGGAAACAUAUUAGCAAUAGCGCGUUCAAAUAAAUCAGACAGGCCUACUUCUCGCAUUAGAAGUGCGAUCACGAUACGUAAUGCAGAUAGCACAAUAUGUCUGUCCUAGCAACAUGGGUCGCUAUAAGAUGUUCUGAAGUUAUCGUUCCUCGAUCGACGGGCAGGAAUAUCGGCGAAUACUUUGCCUCAGAGAGAAAAUACGUGUUCAAUGAUAAGGAAGAAAAUGAAUAUGUAACGCGCCUUUCACAUUAUACACGAUCGUCCGACGUGAAUACUAUAAACCGUCUGUAUUUAUAUAAAUAAAUAUACAGUCUCGCCGCGCAUUCAAUGGUCAAGCAAUACUCGACUUGUCUGACCACACGUGAUCUCGAUCUACUAAUCAGAUCUGGAAGUGAAGGAAGCGCGAGCGUGGUCGGACAACUAGAAUAUUCCAGGUUUUUAUUUUAAAAACGAACGCUUCGUUACUUGCACGAAGGUUACCUAUUCGAAAUCGUCUUAAUUUCAAAAAUUGUUCACAAAAUACUUAUAUACAGGGUGUCCCAAAAAUGUUGGAGUUCCUUGAAAGGGGUGGUUCGGGAGGUGAUUUGAAACAACUUUUUCCUUUGCGAAAAUGUCGGAUGGGGCUUCGUUAAGCAGUUAUUAACAAAAAAGCCCCGACCAAUCAGAGCGCGCGUAUACCGUUGGAGCGGCCGCGGUAGCGAAGGCUACGAGCUAGGCGGCCGCGCUCGUACGCGAACAAGUGACUCGACGCGCACGAAGGACAUUGACGCGGCCGCCUAGCUCGUAGCCUUCGCUACCGCGGCCGCUCCAACGGUAUACGCGCGCUCUGAUUGGUCGGGGUCUUUUUUGUUAAUAUCUGCUUAACGAAGCCCCAUCCGACAUUUUCGCAAAGGAAAAAGUUGUUUCAAAUCACCUCCCGAACCACCCCUUUCAAGGAACUCCAACAUUUUUGGGACACCCUGUAUAUAUAUUCCUGACGACGUAUUUACAAUCGUGUACAAUGUGAACACACUCUUAUUAACCAGAAGUAAGAUCGAUCGACAAGUUAGGUAAGAAUACAGCGCCUUCGCAGUUCGACAAGUCUUGUUACGUGUAAACUGUAUAGCAAAUACAUCCUCUCGUUCUGUUCCAAUAAAAAUAUUAUUUGUAAACGGCUAACGUUUCGUCACGUUCCUAAAAUCGUAAUAUUUUCUUCGAACACUCUGAACUUUUUCUUAAUUUUUAUACGAACUUUUACUGUUUCGCAUUGAAUAUUAUUCACGAGAUUAAUGUUUUCAAGAAUCGCUUCUCUCGAUACAUCUAACGAACCACGAUGGCGCUGCGAUAAAUGUUGCAUGAAAUGAGUAUUAAAAAAAAAAAAACCUGUAUGAAAUUGUUGUUAUACAGAAUGAUCGCGGAUUAAGAAAAGAAUGUUUAGAAUGUCCGCUACAACAUGAAACUGUGCACACGGCACGUUAGAUGCGUAUGGUAAGGAACUAUUUGCUCGACUCGUGAUAAUUGAAAAUUUCCUCGGAGACGCGUUAUCUCUUCCGAAACAAGCAUACCAACCCCACGCGAAUCACUUAUAAAUUUUUAUACAUUAAAUACGGCUCCGUACCAUGAAAGUGAAAUUACGUGUAAACAAAAAUCGAGUGCCUACAUCAUUUCAAAAUUCUGUUUACCACGAGUUUCUUAUCAGUCUCUUUUAAUGGAUGUUUCAUUUCGUACAUAAAUUUACAGAGUAAAGGAAUUCUUACCGUAACCGUCUCGUGUGUGAUAAAUCUUAACCGUAAUGAAUAAAAAACAAAAAAAGAGUUUUAUAUGAAAAGAAAAAAAACAACAAAAUGCACAAAACGAGUUGUACCUUCCUUUUGCGCAAAAAGAGACCUAUUUAAUCGAAAGUUUUCACGAAUCAGAGAAAGCACACGAGAAAUAUGUGUAUAUUGUAUACAUUAAUUUAUAGUAUACUUUACAAUUAUGCAAAUGUUGCAUUAUCUGUCUGUUUGUUCUAUGCAGGCCCAAAUGUAUUAUUAUAUCCGAUGGAGUAUUACAUAUUAAAAAAUAUAUGUAUAUAUAUGUAUAUAUAGAACAAAAUAUAUGUACAUAUAUAAAGGUUACACGUGUCUUUUAAUUCCCUUUAGAUAUUUCAUUGAUACCUAUUUGAUAAAUUGUAUCUGAUUGAUAAUGAUAUACAGGUUUGUUAAUAAGGGACGUUUUAGAUUUUACUGAAUAUGUCUAAUUUCUCAGGUUUUAAUAUAAAAAUAGCCUUUGUAUGAUACCAGAGUAUAUAAAUAAUUUCCAUUGAUGAAUGGAUGGUGGAGAUGUAAGUAAGAGAUCUUAUAUCAACCUUAAAGAUCUUCCACUUUUCAAUUUAACGGUUAAUAAUACAAAACUAACGGCAAGGCUUACUCGGCAUAAUCUGCUUUAGACUCGAGGUUGUACGGAAAGCGCAGGAUUUUGCUAUUUAUAGGAAUCUGAUAUUGAUUGACAACUAAGAAGAGUUGAUAACAGUUCAUAACAGUUCAUAGCCCUCUAGCUGUAGAAUCCAGUCGAAUUUGUCUGGAAGAUCCUGUUCCUACACUUCUAAAUGUCACUUUCUCUUUCCUCUGAUAAGCAGACGGUGUUAUUAUGUAAUGUACACUUAAGGAUCACUUUUCGUACGAUAUUUACUGCUAUUUUAUAAUUAUCAAUUAU